CGGCACAAACCUAUAGAGCGUAUUAACGACUGUGCAGGCUUUGUAUAUAGUUCACUGGAAGAGGAGCGUUGAAAAUUUUGGUUAAAAAUAAAGCAUAUCCAGUGCAGGUCCGGAUAUAUUACAUAAUAGCUAAAUAAAAAAAACAUGGCUGAAAAGGAGGUUACGCGAGAGAAAUGGGAUCGGAAGUUGGACUUUAUUCUGUCCUGUGUUGGUUUCGCCGUCGGUUUGGGCAAUGUUUGGCGCUUCCCCUACCUUUGCUACAGGAAUGGAGGAGGUGCCUUCUUGGUCCCGUACGUGAUCAUGUUGGUAAUUGCCGGCAUGCCCAUUUUCUUCUUUGAGCUUGCCCUUGGUCAGUUCUCCUCAGAGGGACCAAUCACAAUCUGGAAGGUCAAUCCUCUCUUUUACGGUGUUGGGUGGGGCAUGGUUGUAGUGAGCGGCCUAGUGUGUAUCUACUACAAUGUGAUCAUCAUGUACGCCAUCUACUACAUGUUCGUCUCGUUAGUCAACCUUGAUGGCGAGGUGCCCUGGAAGUAUUGUGGCCAACCCUGGAACACAGACGCUUGCAGAAAUGAAAGCUUCCCAGACUUUGCAUCCAUGGAGAAUGAAACACAGAAAGUCAGCUCCUGGCUUUACCUGAAUAAUCAGUCUUGUGUCAACUCGACUAUCAGUGAGUUGGUUACUGCGGGCUUGGUGAACGCGGGGCGGUCAGCCUACGAUAUCGGCUACGGCAACCUCAGUGACACUUUCAGUGACAACUUCACCGACUGUGCCCGGACUUUUGAGUCAUCAAGCGAGCAAUACUGGACACGUUUCGUGUUACGUUACCAUGAGGCUAACGGUCUAGAGGACGUCGGGAACGUGAGCUUGAAGAACGUCAUCUGCCUGUUUCUUGCCUGGAUCCUCGUUUUCUUUUGUCUCAUGAAGGGUAUCAAAUCGUCCGGCAAGGUUGUGUAUUUCACUGCGACGUUCCCGUACCUCCUAAUCACAGUGCUGCUCAUCCGCGGCCUCACCCUGCCCGGCCACAAGGAGGGAAUCGAGUUCUACAUGAUCCCGGAGUGGGAGAAACUCAAGGAUAUCAAGGUAUGGUCGGAUGCGGCUACUCAGAUCUUCUACUCGCUCGGUGUAGCGUUCGGUGGUCUGGCGUGUAUGUCUAGCUACAAUCGCUUCAACAACAACUGUUGGCGCGACUCUGUGAUCGUCGCCGUGAUCAACUGCGGAACCAGCAUCUACGCGGGAUUUGCCAUCUUCUCUCUCCUCGGCUUCAUGGCUUAUCAGACGAACCAGGAGGUGAAGGAUGUAGCUGACAGCGGUCCCGGUUUAGCGUUCGUAGCGUACCCAGAAGGCCUCGCGCAGCUGCCGGUUUCCGCCCUGUGGUCCUUACUGUUCUUCUUCAUGAUUAUCACCUUGGGACUCGACUCACAGAUGGUGAUGAUGGAGACGGUGAUCGGCGGCAUCACGGACAUCUAUCCAAAUGUCCUCCGUAAACACAAGAGCCUGUUCGUGUUUGUCUGCUGCAUGAUUGGCUUCCUGUUGGGCAUUCCUCUAACAACAAAGGGCGGUAUCCUGGUGCUGACCAUGUUUGACUGGUACUCUGGAUCCUACAACCUCAUGAUUCUCUCCCUUUGUGAACUGAUCGCCAUUUGUUACAUCUAUGGAAUCAAGCAGUUUAUGAGCGACAUUGAGAUGAUGAUUGGCAAACGGCUCAUUAUCUUUUGGUGCUACUACCUGCCCAUGUGGAUGGUGAUCACACCAGUAGCGAUCAUUUUUAUCGUUGUGAUGUCUGGGGUGAACUAUACGCCCGCCUACUACGGAGACUACCACUUCCCGCCAUGGGCUGAGGGUAUCGGCUGGGUUCUUGCUAUGCUUCCGCUCCUCUGUGUCAUCAUUGGCGCCAUCUUCGCCCUCGUAAAAUUUGGACCUGAAGCGAUCAAGCCCCGCCCGGGCUGGGGACCACGUCCUGAGGAAGACAGGGGAGACACCUUUAAAGAGAACCUUGGGUACGAAGCGUCUGGGGGCGAAAAUGAAAAUGACAUUCCGUACUCGAUCGAAAACAGAAAAUACGCAAAUGAAUUCAGGAUGUAAUUUUGUGGUAUUUACAUGCAGACGUGACAAGUUGUGGCAGACUUUUAAAUCAUAUUAAACAAUAUUAUUACUUGUUUGUGGUUAAUGCAUGACAUAUUUUUAAACUUACAUAUAUUUUAGAUAAUUCAUUUUCAAGUGUGUGUUUACCUUCUUGGCUUCUGACUUUAACCUCACAAUUGUAUGAACAUUGUACAACCAGGGCGAUUUCCACCAAAUCGAAAAUAACUACUCAGUGUUACAUGCAUUUUUUCAGUGAAUCAAAGCUUGAUUUUACCAUCUCGGGCCGUUGGGUACUUGCCAUCUUUAUUAUAGGGUUUGAAGCUGAGUUGUUUGUAAAUUCAAAAACAGGUUGAAAAUGCUGGAUCUACAUGAUCUACUUUUUUUGUUUUUAAUGUAUUGUUUGUAUUCAUACACCUGAUGUGACCAUUUAUUCUAAUGGCGAAUACACAGUGGUUACGUUCAACUAAUUUUAUUUUUCUUAUCAGAAACAUUACUUUUUCUAACGUUAUUAUAUGUUUCGUACACAUUUCUCCAAUAAUAGUGUUGGGGAUCGUGAAGCACUAGAAAUCAGUGUUGUUUCGCGUGACCUAUACACUGCCGUGCAGAUAUGACCUCGGAAAUUAUACGAUUCUUUAAAAAUAAUCCAUCACGGCGGCGCCCAUAUUGAAAACGUUUUGUCAACCGUCAAGGGACAUAUUAAAUUGAACAUAUUGCGAUAUCAAGCUGUUUUCCUUUAAAUUUGAAUCGUAUAGGAAGUUUCCUGCAGGUGUUAUUAAGACACCUCAUUUCUGUACAUUGUUGACGUUAUCGACUGGGCCUACUUUAUACUGCGGAGUAAUGAUAACUGAGUAAAUUGCCGGCGGCCUUAUCACAUUUUCGUAUAUCUUACAGCAUAUGUACGAGGUACAUCUGGAAGAUUGCGGGAGAUGGCCACAGGUGUUCGUCACAUAGCUUGAUCACUAAAAUAUGGCCAUUCAGUCCUUCGAUAUUGUUUAAAAAUUAACAAAAAAUAAUUUAAACUGAUAAAAUGGCAUUUCAAUAAAUUUUGAAGUUCAAAGAAAUGUUUCUAUCAAGGUCAUAAAUGUGCUGUUGUGCAAAUUGUGGAAUUUGUUUCAAUCCUUUUGUAGCGAUAAAAGAUAAUUUAAUGUGUGCAGUUUACAUAAUUUAUUAUAUUCGUUUUUAUUCGGGUUUCUUUUUAAUACUCCUAAACACUUUUAUAAACUUCGUUAUUGUAUCACUAUUUUGAAUCCAUAUUGCAUCAAUAUGUUCAAAUGUAGUAUUUUUUAACCAGACGAUAUUUUGAGUCUAUAUUGUAUCAAUAUGUUCAAAUCUAAAUAAACUUCUAACCAGA